AUGCCACCUUGGAACUCUGCAAGAACGAAGGUUCAAAUACGUCUUUCCAUACAACGAUUACGUUCACUUCAAGAGAAGAAGCUAGCUUUGGCUAAGAAGAGUAGAAGAGAGAUCGCCGAUUUGCUAUUGAAGAACCGAGUGGAGACGGCUAGAUUGAGGGUCGAGGGGUUGAUACAGGAUGAUAUAUACGUGGAACUGUUGGAAUUACUCGAACUGUAUUGUGAAUUACUACAAGCCCGAUUCAAUCUUCUUGAUUCUUCAACUGCUACCGAACCUGAACCUUCCAUUUCCGAUGCUGUUUGCUCUAUCGUCUAUGCUGCUCCUCGUACGGAAUUGAAAGAAUUGCACGUUUUACGAGAAUUUUUGAUGCACAAAUACGGUCGUAAUUUUGCUCUUUCUCUCCUUCCGACCGAAUUAACACAACCUGGUGUCCCUUCAAGAGUUUUAUCAAAAAUGUCACUUUUCACUCCUUCUCCAGAUCUCGUCGAUGCUUAUUUAUCCGAAAUAGCUCGAGGUUAUAAUGUCCCUUACGAAUCCCCUCUUCCUCCUCUCGAUUCAGCGGUAGUAGGUGCCGAAAAAGAGUCUUCUCCCGAAGAUGAAGAUGGAGAUGGUGGACUAGCAUCAGACGACAAUCUAAAAGGAAAAGAAACAGGAAAAGGAAAAGGAAGAGACACAGGAAAAGGAAAGGAGAAAGAGAGUGAUAAAGAGAAGAGUCCUCCGAAAGAGGCGAUAACGAAAGAUAAGACGACAUUCCCACCACCAGCUCAAGAGACACAAGUCUGGGGAAAGAAAGAUACAGAGGAAGAUGAACUUGCUAGACGGUUCGCUAAGUUGAAGGAACUGAGAUGA